GCGUGUGUGUGUGUGUGUGGAGAGCACGGAAGAAAAAGCCGCAAACACGCUGAUGUAGAGUUAUCUGCCCGGGGGAGAUGAUGUUCUCAUGGAGCUGGUCACACCGCCAGCGUCUCGUUUGCGUUUGACUUCACCAUGCACUUUAGGACUUCAAUAAGAUGCGUGUGUGUUGUCAGAUAAUCAUUUUGCUUCUCGCCUGCAACUUCUGCGCUUUCGUUUAUACUCAGGACCCCUCCUGCUGCCACAAUGCCGUGGAGCUCCCCCAGUGUAAAGAGGCAUGCGAUCAGCUUGCAACUAUUAGAAGUGAAUCCCGUUUGAAGCACCUUCUGCAGCGUUUACCAAGUUACUGUCCUGAGUCUAUGAAUGACCUUUGGAACUGCAUUAACUCUACAUUACCCGGGGCAUCAAGAAAAUCAGAUGGAUGGGUCGGCCUUGGCUGCUGUGAACUCGCUAUUUCUGCAGAGUGCCGCAGGGAAUGCAAACAGGCAUCAUCUAAGAAUGAUAUCACAAAAGUAUGCAGAAAGGACACAGAGAAACCGCUCUACAGCUGUAUCACCAAAAAUGAAAUGGGCUCAGUGUGCUGCAACUAUGCAGGGAGACACACUCACUGCCGGGAAUACUGCCAGGCCAUCUUCCGCACAGACUCCUCACCCACUGUGUCUCAGAUCAAUACGGUCAAGGAGUACUGCCAGAGCAUCAGCCCUCAGCUCAUCGGCUGCGUGGCCAACUACACCAAAUCAUAUCCGACCAGGAGUCCCAUCGAUAGCCUGUACUGUUGUGACCGGGCGGAGGAGGCACACUGCCAGACGGCGUGUAAACGGAUCUUGCGGACCAUGAACACCGAGCAUGAGAUCAUGGAAGGCCUGAUUGAAGAGUGCGGAAGCCAGCCCCUCCCCCAGGACCCACUGUGGCAGUGCUUUCUGGGUAGCGCUCACCCUCCUACCAAAACUGACCCAGAGACAUCCCCAACAGCCAAGAUGGACUGCGCCAAGCUCCACUGCUGCUCCAAAGCGAAUACCUCACAGUGCAGACUUAUGUGCCAGGAGAUCAGCACCAACUGGGGAACUCAGACGUGGCAGGAGUUUGACCAGGUCUGUGAGUACAGCCCUGUGGAGACCGAUCUUAUCACCUGCCUGGCAGAUGUGAGGGAACCAUGCCAACUUGGCUGCAAAGAUCUCACCUACUGCACCAACUUUAACAACAGGCCAACUGAGCUGUUCCGGAGUUGCAACAUCCAGUCUGACCAAGGUGCCAUGAAUGACAUCAAACUUUGGUCCAAUGGAACCAUUAAGAUGCCUUUCAUGAACAUUCCAGUUUUGGACAUAAGAAAAUGUCGGCCGGAGAUGUGGAAGGCUGUUGCCUGUGCACUGCAAAUCAAGCCCUGCUACAGCAAAUCCAGAGGCAGUGUCAUCUGCAAGUCAGAUUGUGUGGACAUCCUGACCCACUGCGGGGACUUCUCACGCUUGCCAGAAGGCCACACCCCAGAGCGGAUCUGUGACCUCCUGUCCCCUACCGAUGACCCGGAGAGAUGCAUUCCUCUGCAGAGAUACCUCACUCCUAGUCCCUUUGAGAACAUCAUCGAGGAGGUGAUUCAUCCAUGUAAUCCCAACCCAUGUCCCAGCAACCAUCUGUGCGAAGUAAACAGGAAGGGCUGUCACACGGGACAAGACUGUUUGCCGUAUUUCUGUGUGCCUGGCUGCAAACUGGGUGAAGCUUCCGAGUUCCUAGUGCACAUGGAGGCCCGGAUCCAGGUUCCAGUGCGAAGUGGCCAGACAGGCUGUUACGAGGUGUGUACUUGCGGGCAAAGCGGACGUCUGGAAAACUGUGCCGAGAUGCCCUGCACCGACACCACAAAGACCUGCAUCGUCGCAGGACAAAAGAAAAGUCAUGGAGCAUCUUUCAAGGUGGACUGCAAGUCAUGCUUUUGCUACGCUGGAGAAACCGUCUGCUUUCCACCACAGUGCCCUAGUCUAGAAAACUCAUUUACAGGUCUUCCAUGUGGCUGUCCUGAUCAUUUUGUUCCAGUGUGUGCCCGUAAUGGACGCACGUACCCCAGUGCCUGCGUUGCACGCUGUAUGGGCUUCCAAGACAAUCAGUUUGUGUUUGGUUCCUGCAGGAGCACAGAACCCUGCUCGCCCAACCCCUGCCAGAGAAACCAAAGGUGCAUCCCGAAGCGGCGUGUGUGUCUGACGAAUACAACAGACUACCCGUGUCUGCAGUAUCAGUGUGUGGGACGGCCUUUCGGCUGCGACCCGAACCAGCUGGACCCGGCCUGUGACACGGACAACAUGGAGCACAACAACUUGUGCCUGCUGUUACAGAGUGGUAAAACCCUGGCAUACAUGGGACACUGUCAGGAUUCCUGCAGAGUAACACGGGAAGUGUGUGGACACAACGGUGAGACGUAUAACACAGUGUGCGAGGCAUUUUCAGACCGCGUGGCCGUGGAUUAUCAAGGCCGCUGCCAAGCUCUGGGCUCUGUGUCAGGUUUUCCGUCUGAUUCAGGCUGUAACGCCAUGCCCUGUCCUCCCCUCUCUGCUGCGGGAUGUAACCCCAUCACCCCUCCCGGUGCGUGUUGCCCUGUGUGUGCCGGGAUGUUGCAGAUCCUGUGGAAUAAACAGCAGAUGAAUGUCUUUGCCAAGCUGAACCGGAAUCAGCCGGUCACGGUGCACGACAUCCUGAGAGUCCUGCGUCUGCACAUCUCCGUUCCUCAGUGUGAUAUCUUCGGCUACCUGAGCAUCGACUCAGAAAUCGUGAUCCUCAUUGUACCUGUGGACCAGCAGCCCACCCCAUUACAGAUCGAAGCUUGCAGCAAAGAAGCGGAGAAGAUCGACUCCCUCAUUAACUCGGGCAGUCCUACGCUGGUGUCCCACGUCCCCCUGUCCGCCUUCCUGUCCUCCGAGCUCAAAUUGUCCACUGUUAACUCUGCUGCUUCCCCCAGCACCCCCUCCCUCUUCUUGUCUACCUGUCUGUCUCUCUGUCUCCUCCUCACGUUCCACGGUCUUUGCUGAGCAACAGCUUCCCAGGACUGACCUUCGACCUCCCUUUGUCUUGUUCUUUAAAAAAAAAAAAAACAAGCCCCAGUCUGCAUAGCCUUGACAAUCACAGAAACAACAAGCUGAUGAGAACAAUCACUCGAAAUAUGAUGGGACGAUGAAGAUAAGGAAUCGAUAAUGGACAGUCGAGCUGUAUUCCUGUCAAGAGGAGUCUGCAUUAUGAGUCAUGUUGAUCUUUUUUUUUUCUGAAGCAGAAAGCGUGAGGAGUAAAGCAAGGAAAUGGAUAGAACGUGAUCUCCAAAUCAAUUUCUGGCUCUGGUGCUCCUCUCUGCUGCCUUUUACUGCCGGUUUCACUGGAGCAGAUACUUUAAACAGUAUAUGUUUCACACACCUCAUUUUAUAGAUAAGAACUGAACAAAAGCAUCAGUAGAAGUGGAGAAGGCUUUCUACCCCAGAACGAAAGUGAUCUUUCUUCAUUCCUUUUUUUUUUUUGUAUAUAAUUUAAUAAACGUAAAAGGAGAAACUAUAGCCAUCCUAAGCCGGUUUUACACUGUGCGAUUUCAGCUGUCUGUUUGAGGUUAUUGCUUGUCACGUUGCAAGAUAAAAUAGAAUGUGUUCUCCAUGUCAGAUUAUAUGACUGAAGAUCCUCUAAUGAUCUUAAAGGAUCGUUAAAGAAAGGCUGUGAUUAAAGAAAAUUACUACCUUCUGCUUACCAAUUAGUAUAAUCUGGGCUCAUGCAGCAAGAAAAAAAGAUGCUUGAAAGUAGUGAGCCUGUAGUGAAGCGCAUCUUUCAUCUGUCCAUUAGCAUGCUUGCAAAAAUUGCCAUUCCCGAGUUUGUAGCUGUCCCGGGAGUGUUGCACCAUCUUUCUCCUGAUGGCUUUUAGACAAGCAGUGAUCACACACCGAGUCUUUAAAUCCCAUGUUUUCUGCCGCUGCCAGAAUUGCAGCAGUGCUGAAUCAGCCGAAAGUGAGCAUAUGCAGUUAUAUUAUGCAAUAAAACUACUUGAUUUAAAGACUGGUGCACAUAUCCUGUGAUCUUUACAAGUGUCACGUCUGGACGUCGUCACAAAUUGAAGGUACGCAUCUACAUGGUAAAGGUGUCAAAAAAAUCUGUUUUGUGUUUUACCAGUCUUAAUAAAUAUUUGAAUAUAAGGUUUUUAUGCUUUGAGACUCAUGGCAAGAAUCACGAAGACAGCGGAACAGAGCUGUUAAUUAAAAAUCCCUAAACGUUUUACAGUUUGACCUGGAACCCUAAUGGACAGGGUUGUUUUGUCCGCAGGUUAGUAUGUGAACAAAGCUGCUCACGUUGCCGCUGCUUUUGUACGUCAAGCAUAUGACAGCUGAUCUCAAGUCAGUCUCAAAUCGGCGAAAAAUCAAACAGUGUAAACCUGGCUUUAAUGAAUAUGACAAUCAUAUCCACAAUUGGGUAAUUACUACAGUAUGCCUUGUUUAUAUAGAUUAUAUAUGUAAAGAUUUAUUAUAUGAAGUAUUGCAACAAAAAAAAAGUAUGUUGUUAAAAAUAUCUAAAUGUUUAUUUUAAAAUGUUUUCUGACCUGGUGGUCGGAGCCACAAUGUGCCAUUUUUAAAUCUUUUUCUUGCAUGACAAUUAUGAAGUGUUUUUACAGAAAGCUUUGUGUUGUUUGGUCCUGUCCAUGUCUGAAUAUGUGUUGUCCUUGCCUAUGUCAAAUGAAGGAUUUCCUAUUUUAACAGUAUUAUCGUGCUUGGGCAGCUUUGUAGCAUUUCCACUCAGUGGAGCUUUGUGCUCUUUUAUGUUUGUGUGUUUGCAAUUCAACUGAUGUAUUUUUUUAUAAGAUAAUAAUUAAAAGUGUUCAUAUUG